AUGGAUCCAGAAAGUUCACCUGGUCCUGAUGGGUUCUCUGGAAUUUUCUACACAAGUUGUUGGCAUAUCAUUCAAGAGGAUUUUAUCAAAUUCAUUCAGUUUUGCUGGAGCAGAAAGUUCAUUCCCAAAGGCUUAAAUUCCAAUUUUCUGGUCUUACUUCCAAAAGUUCAAGGAGCUAAAACAGCAAACCAAUUCAGGCCUAUUGGAUUAAGCAAUGUAAGUUUUAAAAUCUUCACUAAAAUUAUUACUACAAGAUUAAGUAGUGUCAUGGGAAAGCUUAUAUCUCCUCAACAAGCUGCACAUGUUAAAGGUAGAAGUAUUCAUGAACAAGUCCUUCUUGCAUCUGAACUAGUGAAUGAAAUGAAAAAAAGAGAGGUGGAAAUGUUGGCCUCAAAUUAG